UGGCGGGUGUGGCCUGCCGGCGAGAAGGCAGAGGCGGCCCUGACGGCGAGGAAAGCCGGGUGGUUGCCGAUGAAAACGACAUGUGGACGGCGGGAAAGGUGACCGGAAUUUUAUUUCACGGGGUCUUGGCGGCUCUAGUGCUGCUGGGAGCCCGGGACGUCUUCUUUCAGUAUGAAGAGAACCGGUGCAGCAUGACCUACAUGUUCGACUACCCGGAGUACCAGAGAAUAAAAUUACCUAAGAAAAUAUUCAGACGUUACCCAGCCUAUGAGCUAUAUCUUUACGGGGAAGGAAUUUCUGCAGAAGAAAACAGAAAUCUAAUCUUAACAGGGAUUCCUAUUCUUUUUCUUCCUGGCAAUGCUGGAAGUUUUAAGCAAGUACGUUCUCUUGGAUCAAUAGCACUGAGAAAGGCAGAAGAUAUGGAUUUCAAAUAUCAUUUUGAUGUCUUCAGUGUGAAUUUCAAUGAGGAGCUUGUUGCACUAUAUGGUGGAAGUCUACAAAAGCAGACGAGAUUUGUGCAUGAGUGUAUUAAAAUAAUUCUUAAAUUAUAUAAGGGUCAUGAAUUUGCUCCUCGCAGUGUUGCUGUAGUAGGUCAUUCCAUGGGUGGUCUUGUUGCAAGAGCACUAGUGAUUCUUAAACAUUUCAAACCCGAACUUAUCAAUAUUCUUAUUACUCAAGCGACACCUCAUGUUGCACCUGUGUUGCCUUUAGAUCAAUAUCUUGCUGAUUUUUACUCAACCGUGAACCAUAACUGGAUUCAGAAGGCUCAGGAAAUAAAAAAUCUAACAACCCUUUCGGUAGCAGGAGGAUUUCGAGAUUAUCAAGUUCGCUCUGGAUUGGCUUUUCUGCCCAGUUCAAGUAGUCAGAAUUGUGCUUUAUCUGUUGUGAGUUCAGCAGUUCCUCGAGUCUGGGCUUCCACAGAUCAUCUUUCCAUUGUUUGGUGUAAGGAAUUGAACUUGGUUACUGUCAGAGCAUUUUUUGACCUUAUUGAUGACAACACUAAACAGAUAACAGAAAAUCCCCAAAGAAAAAAUCUGGUCCUGAAUCACCACUUUUUAAGGUAUCCAGGAAAACUCUUUGAAGAAAGACUUGAAUCGCUUACUGAGUUAACAGGAGCAUCAAUUUGGAUUAAUAUAAAAACUUCGAAAUGGUCCUACAAAGGAUACAAUGAAUCAGAUGGAAAAUAUUUUAGUUUUUCCCUCUCAAGCCAAAGAAAAUUAUUCACUCAUAUUUACUGCCAAAACAGUAUGUUGGAUACAAACAGCUGGAUAUUUGGUUGUGCAAACAGUACUUCAUCGAAGUGUCUGCAAGCAAUUGAUUUGUCUUGGAAUGCUGAGUUACUACCAACGGUUAAGAUUGUGACUUUGAAACUUCAAGAUUAUCUAUCUUUGACUCAUAUUGUGCUUCAUGUCCCAGUGGUUAAUAGUAUCAAGUUUACUUUGGACUGUGAGUUCUUUAAUGAAGUUUCAAGAACAGUGCAACUCCCUGUAACUCAUCUUUUUACUUUUGGAUUUUCUUCAAGCAAAAUCAUACUAAAUUCAACUGGCCUUAUUCACAUUGUUCAGCUCCAACAUUUUGGUCAGAUAUAUCAGGCUUUUAACAUCUUUAUAGAAAGUAAAUGCCAGAUUUUCAAAGAAAGAAAACCCAGUAUAUAUCAACUUCAUAUACCAUGGUCACAUGAAGAUUUCUUAACAUUGUCAGAGGAUCAUUUGACUGAGAUUUCUGCAAAAUUGCACAUUGCACAGCCUGAAAAUGAUUCUACAGUUCCUUUGUUGAAAAUGUAUUCAUCUUCAGAUUGUCAAUAUGAAGUAACUCUCAAGACCUCUUUUCUGCAGGUCCUUGGUCAGGUGAUAAGAUUCCAUGGUGGCACUCUUCCUAUGUACAUUAUUUCUAAUAUUCUUCUUGCCUACAGAAGACAGUUAAGGUCCCUAGUGUCAACAGGUCAGUGUUCAGACUUUGUUCCUGCACUUACUAAAGCAGCUAAACCUUAUAAAGUAGAACCCAUAGCAUAUAUGAUUAAGUUCUUGUUGGGACUUAACUGGUUCAAAGCACUCAGGAAUUCAGAGUUCGAUCGUGUCACAGUCAACAACCAGGGCUUGUGGUUCCCUUUUGUAUCCCUGAUUCUCUUUAUGUUUGGGACUGGCAUAGCCUAUUGGGGUGGCGUGCUUCUUGAUUCGUCUAUAAGGCUCUUAUCUUCAUUGCACUUAGUUUUGACAAGACCCUCUGGACUUCCAUCUCACAACAGUCUGAUUACCCGAUUAAGGUUUUGUGUUGCGGUUUCAAUGUUUUUUCUUAGCUGGACUACCUGUGGAGCGCUGGCAAUAAUGAUGACUUAUUUUCAUUAUAUAUUCAAGGUUGUUAAUUUCCAUUCAAGUUUAAGAUCUGAACUAAGUGUUUGUAAUGCGCCUAUGAAGAACCCAGAACCUAAAUCAGAUGAUUCAAAAAACGAAGGGAUGAACAGCUGCAGAUCAGAGGAUUGCUCUUCAAAAGCAAGAAACUCAUCUAGCACCAUCAUGGCCAAUGACAACAUUAUAGAUAGCCUUAAAAUGCAUGUCACAGUCAUCAACUUAAUCACAUGGAUUGUGCUUCUUAGUUGUCCAUCUUUAAUUUAUUGGCUAAAAAAUAUCAGAUAUCAUAUCAGACUUGAUCCUGAUCCAUGUAGAUUUGUUGCUGUUGUUCUGAUAGUCAUUUUGGGUAUAAUCAUGAAUACAAGUACUACAAAACUUAAAUCAAGUAAAUUAUUGAAGAUUGCAUCAUAUUUUCCACUUCUUUUCGCUGUUGCUGCUGUAGUUUUUGCACCUGUUUAUUUAUAUCAAAUGCCAUACUUUGUAAUAAUUCCUCUUUUUUUACAUUCAUUAUGCAGCAUUGUAUAAAAAUCUUUAGCUGGUCAAAAUAGUAAUAAAUGUGGAAGUAUAGAUAAUAUAGGAAAACCUAAGCCUUAUCUUCUAUCAGUGAUAGAAAAUGGAAAGGCUUUAGGUUUCCAAAGGGAUAUUUCAUGAUAAGAAAACAAUAUUUUUACUUACUAAUUUUUAACAGAAAUGGAAAUGCAUAAAUCUGUUAUUCAGUAAGCACUUUGUUCUUAACACUGAGGGAAAACAUGGUUGCAUCAGUUCCUUGGUAUUGAAGCAAAUGGCUUAUACUUAUUUAUUUUAAAAUUGCAAGUUUAUAUGUCCGGUAUACUUCUGUGUACUUACUUCAGUCAACAAGUGACUCUAAACAGACAAUCAGAAAAAAAUGAAUUUCUGAUAAAAAUUAUCGCAAGUUCUCACCCCAUUAUUGGCAACUGAUAUAGUUCCUUUGGGUCUAUAGUAGCUAUAAUACUAAUGUGUCACGAUUGUUGGUGAUAAAUCCAAAGAUAUAUCUGAGAUUGCAAAUUUAUGAGAAAAUUGAAAGCAGUAUGAAAAAGUGUACUCAGUAUAACAUAAUUUACAAGUAGAUUGUAUGCUAUCUCUUCUAUUAAAAUCUGAAGUUACAGAUUAUUUCUAUGCAGAGGAAAGUCUGCCAUUAUGGACAAGCAUAUAGAGAGUACUUUUGAAUCACCCUCCCAUAUUUAUUUUGGCAAUAAUACUGUUGGAGUAAAUAAGAUAUCAGUAUGUAUUGCAAAACAACUUCAUACAUCCAAAACCUUUUACAUAGUUAUUUGAAUUAAAGAAUUGAAGAAUUAGACAUCCAGCCACACUAGAGC